GUUGGUCGUGGGAAUUCGGACUUGGUCCGUUCUGGUCCAACCGGCUGUGGAUGCAGUGGGUGCUCUUCAGGUGGCCAGUUACGCGUUUACCACCGCAGGCCUACUAUGUGCCUGUUACCUCCAGAACUCGAAAUGGCGCGGGAUCUCCCUGGCGAUUGCGGUCUUUGCGCGCUCUGUGCUCGAAGGUGAGAUCUCGUGUCUGACGGCGCGGAUGAGAUGGAGGGAGCUCAUUGGUGCUAUGCGACAGACGUCACGCAUGCACCAACUCACGGCCGCUUCCUUGGCGGCAACGACUGUGCUGGUGGCUUUUGCGACGCUCUAUGACAUUUCUCAGGGCCACGGCGCAGAUGCUGUGCCCAACUUGAUCCUGGUAUUGAUCAUGCCUUUCUCCUUGUAUGUGGCUGCCUGUGCGACAGCAGAUUGCACUCGGUUGCCGUCCCUGCUCUGCAUGCUGGAUGCAGAGGAGGAGGAGGAAGAGGGGGCCUACAUGGACCUGGCAUUGUUCCUCACGCUCAGCGAGUCCGGUUUCUUCAUGUGGGACACACGCGUUACACUUGGGGUGCUGCAAAA